AAAUCAAAGAUAUUAGCAUGGGUGUAGAAGAAACACCAGGAAUUAAUAGGACUUUGAAACCCUCUCUAAUUGUGGUUGACGAACGUGAACAAUAUCAACCACCGCAAGAUAUCGAUAAUGACAAAAAAGAAUCAACCAUAAAUGAAACAGUUAAUAAGGCAUUCUCUGGUCUUCAACUAGAUAAAGAUGUUCACAG